UACUUAAACGACGCCAACAUUGAGGUGAUUCUCAACGCAACCGUCGAUAAGAUUAACACAAAAGAGAAAUCAAUUCAACUGAACAAUGGAUCGACGCUGAAGUUCGACCGCAUCUUCUUGGGAACCGGUGUCAGACCUAAAGUAUACGACGCGAAAGGCAAUGACUUGAAGAAUAUCUGUUAUCUGCGGACACACAGAGACGCAAACUUUAUCGCAGACAAUGCCGUCAAUAAAGAUGUCGUGAUAAUCGGCACUUCAUUUAUCGGUAUGGAAGUGACGGCAUUCCUCAACGGAAAGGCAAAGUCUCUGACAGUGAUCGGCAAAAGUAAAUAUCCAUUCGCUUACACAUUGGGUCCACAAAUUGGUCAACAGAUUAAAGAACUCUACGAAUCGAAAGGAAUAAAGUUUUACACCGAGUGUGGAGUCAAAGAGUUUUGCGGCGAUGAUAAUCAGCAACUCAAACAAGUGGUCCUCACAAAUGGCGAUGUCUUAAGCGCAGACAUUUGUGUCAUUGGAAUUGGCGGGGAACCGAACACCGAGUUCCUGAAGGGGACGGACAUCAAAAUGGAUAAGUCCUACGUUUUGGUCGACAAGAACUUCGAGACAUCCGAGAAGAAUGUGUUCGCCGGCGGAGAUGUGGUUAAGUACGAGCUCUCUAUUGUCAACCAAAGUGUGGUAAACGUGGGCCACUGGCAGACGGCUCAGUCGCACGGCAGGAGUGCGGCGCUAAGUAUGUUAGGAAAGACAUCCGACUUAAAGUCGGUCCCAUUUUUCUGGUCAAUGCUCUUCGGGAAAGGACUUCGUUUCGCAGGUAAUAACGAGGGCUUCAAGGAAGUGAUAAUCGACGGCGAAGUCUCGCAAUUCAAAUUCGUGGCCUAUUAUGUGGAUUCGGCCGACAAAGUGGUAGCCGUGGCCACGAUGGCCAACGACCCCAUCGCCACGAUGUUCGCCGCUUACCUCAGACACGGACACACUCUCACCGCUAAUGAUAUCAAGUCUGAUCCCAAGAAGUGGAUCGAGUCCAUGAAGAAA